AGCCUAUUACCCCUCCUCUGAAAAAGACGUUAUACAAUAUUUAAGAGGAAUUACGGUCAAUGCUUCCCCUCCUGGUUAAGGCCCGCCUUCUUAUGAAGGAUAUUUAUCCACUUGUUUUCUACCUCCUCGUGUUCAAAUUAAUAAAAAAAGGGAGGACAUGUACAGAGCCAUAUUGGGGCAGUCUUGCACUUGGUCAGAGUUUGACUUUGGUCAAGGUUAACUUCUCCCAGUUAGCCAGGAUCCUGCUCCACCUAGGGUGGAGUGCACGUAGUAAAGGUCAAGUUCAUUGUUCCUCCAGGUAUAGGAAUUCCUGAAUUAAACAGGUGACCCACCCAGCUGCCGGAGCAGUCAAGACGAAGACCUCCAAGAGAAGCUAGACAACUUCCACCGGAACUCAGCCUGGAGUCUGGGGGGAAGGGUUUGCCCGAACUGUUAAAAGGUCCGGCGCCAUUAAAGUUUACGGCUUUGAUCAGUGAACAUUGACUUAGCCGUACUUUCUUUUCGCCGCUCUUCCCUAUGACCCCAAAAUUCUCUCAACAGGUAACCCGGUUUACAUGUAGCUGCUGGCGGCUACAAGACAUGUACUAAGAGCUUAAUGAAAAUGGACACACUUCUUGCCUCGCAAGCAGACUAACAGAGAAGAUACAUGUUUCCUCCAGUUUACCCUGAACUACACAAGAAGAUGAAAUACAUUGCCAAGAAGUGUGGAGUUCGGUUCCAGCCCCCAGCUAUGAUCUUGAUUUACGAGAAUGAAGCCGGAGGGAAGAGCCGUCAGCGCAUCAUGCCUGUCCGAAACUUUUCCCGGUUCUCAGAUUGCACCAGAGCUGCCGAACAACUAAAGAAUAACCCACGGCACAAGAGUUACCUGGAACAGGUGUCCCUGAAGCAGCUGGAGAAGCUGUUUGUCUUCUUACGAGGUUCCUUGCAGGGCCAGAGCUUGGCAGAGACGAUGGAACAGAUUCGACGGGAAACAACCGUCGAUCCCGAGGAAGACCUAAACAAACUGGACGACAAGGAGCUCGCCAAGAGGAAGAGCAUCAUGAAUGAGGUUUUCGAGAAAAAUCAGAAGAGAAAGGACGACCCCAGCUUCGUGUAUGACGUGGAGGUUGACUUCGCCCGGGAGGAGCAGCUGCUGUCCUGCAGCUGGGACACAGCGUCGGUCGAUGAGCUCUGAGAGCUCUCCACGCUUCCGCAGAGAACGCUGAAACACUAACGAUAAAUAAGCCAAGACACGCACAUGUGCUACACAGGCACACAGAAACACAGAGAUACAGGAUAGGGCUCUCUGGCAAUCGAAAGGGAAGGGAACUCAAGAACUUGUAAAAAGAUAUUUCAGUAAUAGUACUCGGGGGGAAAAAGAUAAGAGCCAGAUAUUUGACGAAGGCUGCAGAAGGGUCAAAACCUGGGUUCCCGAGGGUGGACUGGGAAGCCUUUUCCUCAGCAGAAAGGGGCCCAUGCUUGGCCCUGAAACGCUACAGAUGUUUUCCUAGAAAUCGAGAUGAAGUAAAGAGACAAGAAGUAGGAAAAUCUGAGAAAGAGUGAGUAAUUAUAGUUUGGACAAGAUUGGAAUUGACCUGUGUUCAUUGGGACUCUGUAUGCAUUAACUCCGGGGUAGGCAGGAACACCUGUAAAUGCAAAAUGUCUCACAGCUACAAGUGCAUACAUAUGGCAGGAAAUACGUUCUACCAUUCCUCCGAAACCCAGAACCACUUCCUGCAAAAGGCUGGUUUGUGCAGUGGGAAGUCCGCCCACAGUGAGCGCUGGGCACUGUGGUUCAGACCUGUUCGUGAGCUGAGAUGUACAAAGAUCUCGGCCUUACAAGGCCACUGUGUGCAGAUGUGUUUGUUCUUACUAGAAUAUUAUCUGAUUGAUAGAAAUCAUAUGUUUUCUACACGGAAACUAUUAUUCACUGAAUAAAGCUGUGAAUGUAA